AUGACAAGUAAAAAUAUGUGUAUUUCUAUAAGAUUCCGUCUCAAAACGUUUAUCUCAGUAUUCAUUGUGUUGGUUUUUAUAUCGUGUUGGAUUAUGACUGGGCAAAGCAGAUGGUUUAAGAUUUCUCUGGUAGAAGUUUUUUCGGAUUCAAAAUACAAAUUGUCAAAUGGUAAAGAUAGUUAUAAGAUAGGCAAAUGGGUAGCGAAAGGUAUCUUAGAUAAGAAAAUGUUUGACGUAUUGACAAUGAUAUCCUCCGGAACCUCACAAAUAUAUAUUAAUGAAAAUAUGGUUGUAAAAACAGCUGUAAACAAAUACUCAAAUGGACAAGAAUAUCGAGGCACAUCAUCGUAUUUCAGUGCUAAAGACUAUAAUAUUGGUAAUAAUUGGAUACCAACGUCUCUAGAAGCAUCCAACGUAUCAAUAUUUACUAAUUUUGUUAAUGAUGGAAGAACAGCAGUGGAUGAAAGAGCCCCGCCGAUAACCUUACCAAAUGGAGUUAUGUCAUAUUUCACUGUGAACAAUACCAUAUUUCUACGGCCAGCGUUCUGGAGUUUGGUUUUAUUAACUGACAUAUCUGAAUCAUGUCAGAAAUGGCUUUGUUUCGUUCACCAGCGUCUGUUAUGGGAAAUAGACGAACAUAUUGGUCUCUCAUCGAACAACAAGUCUUCAAUUAGUUCCAUUUUACCUCAUAUGAAAAGGUGGAUACAGAAAAUGAAUAAGUGGGAAUGCCCUCCAAUAUUAUCUUUCUUUGAAUGUGUUUUUCUGAUUCAUAAGCAAUAUCCAGAACCUUGUGGAAAGUUAACACAUCAAAUUAUAAAGGAUUGGCUGUACGAUUUAUCAAGUGUUGGUUAUCAAGAGCCAAGAAGACAAACAAGGAGAAAUUAUACAAAACCAAAUGUUUACUUUACACCACGCCUUAACAACUUCAACCAAACUUCCACCGUGCUAUUUACUCAUAAGUUCAACAGUAUAAGAAAAUUGUGUAAAAGAUAUCCCUCAAAAUUUGUGGAGUAUGACAAGAAAAUCGAACUAAAGGUUUGUGACAAUGUGGUUCUUCUUAUAGUGUUUAAUAAACCAUUUUAUGAUAAUAUUCCCAAACUACAAUUGACAUACUCAACAGUAUUUUCUAGAAUUGUUUAUUGUGGCUCAAAUAUGCCUGCUUUCAAUAAGAGCUCAAAAUCAUUUUCAGAAAAUGUUACUUUUAUUGCCAUUAAUGAUAUUGGUGCGGGAAGUUACAAUUAUAUUUGUAUGGCCAAAGUUAUGGAAAUAAACUUCAAAGUAGAUGGAUAUUUAUUCAUUGGAGAUGAUACAUUACUAAAUACAAGACAAUUGGACGCAUAUCCUCUGAAUAAACCUAUGAUAGUUGGAUUAGAUCCCUUUCGACGCAGUUGGAAAUCUCAUAAAUGGCCUAAUUGGAAUAAAAAUUGGGGUCGAUCGGCAUUCUUAUCCGCAUGGAAAGAAUUAGAAGAUAUCGCUAAUAAAUCAUUAGAGUUUUCUCAAAGAUUUACAUAUUUCACGAAUAAUUUAUAUAACAAUUCAGGAUUUAACGAUGGAUUACAAACUUCUGCUGUUGAUUUUUUUUACAUUCCUUCAAAAUAUCAAAAUGAUUUUAUAUUUUAUUUCAACCUAUUUUUCAAACAUAAAGUGUAUUUAGAAAUAGCAGUGGCUACUAUUAUUUCCGGUGUUAUUCCAAAAUCUGACAUUAUAUUGAGUCGUGGUAAAUAUCUAUGGUCAGUGAAAGAUCGUCAGAACUAUGAACAAUUUUAUAAUAAUGAACUUCUUUAUUUACAUCCUGUCAAAUUUAAUCGUGAAUUCAAAUCAGACAAGGGAUUGAAGUUUUUCUGUGAGAUAUAUUUCCCUUACCAGUUUUAUGGAUAG